UCAUCAUCUUCGAGUAUGGGACAGCAAACACCUCUGCAAUGUUCAAGAUGCGGUAAGCAAAUGAAACUGCAGAAAAUCGACAAAAAUCUACCAUCGAAUGUGAUGAAUUAUUUCGUGGAUCAACGAGAUGCGAUAAAAGCAAUGUUGAAAUCUGUGUCGCCCUAUGUGCAAUUCCAAGAAAAUCAAUUGAAACGCUUAACCAAACGUUUCGCAGAGACCCGUGUUCACAACGAACAGCUGAGAAACUGUUGUAUGCAAAUGGUCAAAACAAAGUCCGAACUGGAAUCGCAAGUGGCAUUAUUGCACAAAGCGCGAAGCGUGAAAAAUGAACGAAAACAAGCGGUUACUGCAUCUACUGAUAGUCCGAUGGAUGUAUCAACAAUACCGUCUGAAGCAGUGAACUAUAGAAGUCACCAACAGAAGCAACUGUCUACACCGUCUACACUCACUGAUGGAUCACCGAACUUGUCUGGAACUUCACAUACACUCGUGCCAAUCGCGCAAAGGUUUGACUCGUCAAUCAACUCAUCUGUGGUAAGCUGUGGUCUUGUAUUCUUUUGUAAAUAUGAUUUGAAAGUCAGAUCCUUGAAAACACUGCGUACAGCAUCUCGAAUAUUCCAGCGCUGUCUCUCCUCAUAUCAGUAUUAUCCUGCAGGAUUAAGGAAUGAGAAUUUUAAGAUCACAGCAAUGGAUCAGAUGUUGAAUAGUAACACCAACCCAUCGACACAGCCGUCAUCAGCUACUGGCCAGCGAAAUAAUUCUUCGACAGCUGCUGGUAGAGAACGAGAUCAGAUUCGUUCAUCGACGAAACUCACUCAGCAACCGAUAACGAACCCUCCACGAAAGCGUGAUCAUUAUGGUAACGUCUCGCGUUGCGCCAAAACUGCACCCGUACGAAAGACACCACAGGAGCAUAACUUCUAA